GUUAUCGCCGCCGGGCGGUCACACUGCUACAACCGCAGCCAACUUCGCUUCUUUCUUUCCUACAAUUUUAAAGAUGUCGAAUAUCAAGCGGAAGAAGACCAGGAAGCUGCGUGGUCAUGUGAGCCACGGUCACGGCCGUAUCGGCAAGCACCGCAAGCAUCCCGGAGGUCGCGGUAACGCUGGUGGCAUGCACCAUCACCGCAUCAACUUCGACAAAUACCAUCCUGGUUACUUCGGCAAGGUGGGCAUGAGGAACUUCCAUCUGCGUCGCCAGCACAAGUUCAGGCCCGAGAUCAACCUGGACAAGCUCUGGUCCCUGGUCGGAGCCGAGAAGUUCGCCGAGCUGGAGAAGGAGAAGAGCACCAAGGCUCCCGUCAUCGACUUGGUUAAAUUCGGCUACUACAAGCUGCUGGGCCGUGGUCACCUGCCCGCCCGCCCCGUCAUCGUGAAGGCCAAGUACUUCUCUAAGAAGGCUGAGGACAAGAUCAAGAAGGCCGGCGGUGUGUGCUUGCUGAGCGCCUAAGUUAAGAUUCCUCCUCUACAGAAGAAAAAAGCAAGUGGACUACAUUCGACCAUCAAAAAUGUAUUUGUUUUUUAAUAAAUUUAAAAGAAAAACAAGUAUUUGCUAUUCCG